GCCACGUAGAGGACCAGCUGCAUGCACAGUUGUUCUGUUUUUCAAACAUUUUAGUUCAUCUCUUGUAUCCUGUUGCUUCUUCAGAGGGUCUGAGUGUUGCAGCAUGCUGCUGACCGUGCUGAGCUGGCUCUGCUCCUCCCUGCUGGUGUCUGUCAGCGGGGGGAAGCUGCCUGAAGCUGAGGUGAACAUAGAAGUUAUGCACAGACCUUUUCUGUGUCACCGAAAAUCAAAGUAUGGAGACAUCCUGCUCGUGCACCAUGAGGGAUACUUCGAGAAUGGGACCAUGUUUCACAACAGUCGAGCCGAAGGUGACAGGCAGCCAAUGUGGUUCACACUGGGCAUCAAAGAAGUAAUCAAAGGCUGGGAUAAAGGCCUGCAGGACAUGUGCUCUGGAGAGAAGAGGAGACUUGUCGUACCUCCAGCUCUGGCCUAUGGGAAGGAAGGAAGCGGUAAGAUCCCACCUGAAAGCACACUGACCUUUGUCAUCGAGGUGCUUGAGAUCAGAAAUGGACCGAGGUCACAUGAAUCCUUCCAGGAGAUGGAUCUCAACGAUGACUGGAGGCUCUCCAGGCAGGAGGUGAAGGAGUAUCUGAGGAAAGAGUUUGAGCGUCAUGGCUACCCACCCAACGACACUCUACAUGAGAACAUGGUGAAGGACAUCUUUGCCAAAGAGGAUAAGAACAAAGAUGGCUUCAUAUCUUCACGAGAGUUUACUUACAAACACGAUGAACUUUAAAUUCUCUCCCAUUCCCACAAACCACUCGCUCAUCCAGUGUUCAUUGAUUUGUAUUGGAAAUACUUUGGUGCAGAGUUUUAUUUUCGGCAUACAAGUAUUUCACUUUUAUAGAAGCAUUGUGUUUGUCUGGUGUGUGACAUGCUAACUCCUCCUGUGUGUGAAGCUGUGCAGUGAUCUUUGAGUCCAUUCCACUCUGUCUUGCAUACUAGCUGCAUAUAUUUUUUUAGAAUUCAAUUGUUAUGCAGUUAUCACCAAAUGUGUCACAACAUAUCAGAGGUAAUAGACACGGAGUGAACUGUGUGAAUUUAGAUGUCCAGUGUGUGCGAUGUAGGGGGAUUUAGUGGAAUAUAGUGGUGAGGAUUGUAGAUUGCACCUGAAGGAGCAGAAGUGAACCUUUGCCUUGUUAGAAAUCCUUUACCGUUUGUCAUCUAGGAGGUUUUUAGGAGCGGAGUUACCCUCAGAGGUCUCAUCCUCUCAGAAACAAAUGGAAUAAAACAGUUUCCUGUUAUACAUCAGUGUUUUUUCUACCAAGUUAAGCAUGUGGCAGAUGGCCCACUUGCCACUUUACCAUGACCAGCCAGAUAAGAGAUCUCUUCCUCUCCAAAACAAACAGAAUUGGUGAUAUAAACCAGUAAAAACACUAAGGAAAGCAGUGUUUUUUCCAAUGCUGCUUGUUGCGUAGGGGCUGCUAACUACGAACGCCAACCCAAAAUUGCAUAACCAUGAAUAGCCCUAUCUAGAGCCAGUGUUUGGUUUGUCCAUUCUGGGCAACUGUAGAAACAUGGAGGUGCAACAUAGUGAUCUCCGUGGACAAGGACCCGCUCCCUACGUAGGUAUAAACGGCUCAUUCUUUUCAGGUGAUUAUACAGCAAUGAAAACAUACUUAUUAUAUUCCAUUCCUGCUAAUAUAUCCCCCAAAUCCUACACACUAGAUGUUUGUUAUGUCACAAAACUGUGAACUUAUUUUUCAUUUUCUAUAAAGCAGUUAAAUGGGUAUUUUUACAGGACAUCAGUGAUCAGUGUUUUGUGGCAGACAUGUUGACUUGACACAGCAGGAAAAGCAGGUGUAACCAAGAACAUACCCGCUUCGUUUCAUUUUCUCUUAGUGCUUCCAGUAAGCCAGUAUACACAAUACUCAGGACCUGGCACUGGCACACCUAAAUGGAACGCAGCCAGCAUUGAUGUUAUUGUAGACAUGUGUUUGACAUGUGAAGACUACUGUGAGAAAAGCACGCACACUGCAGUGUCAGAGCUGAAAAGAUGUAUUGUUCAGCCCUGUUCUGCAACAUACAAUGUCAUUCUGAUUUCUAAAGCACACAUUAAAAUGUACCCUACUUUUAGCAAAUUGCUGGAAGUUGUUUUGAGUUGUUACACACACAAGUCUUCAACCAGAAAAUGUUCCCACGGUGCCGACUAGAAUCUAGACUGUCAAGUUUCCACAGCGUUGGUGUGCUUUUAAUGUAAACAUAUCAAGACUAAACUCUGUAUGCAAAUGACUGUUCUGGUUAAGGCAGAUUUUUAAUGUUCUAUUUUACAACCAGUGUGAGGAAUAAAGUCAACUUUUUAGAACAAAAUACUGUGGUUUAUUUGGUGGUCAUACCUUGUAAUACUUUAUACAUUGAACCAGCAGGUGGCACUGUCUUCACAGGUGUUAGUAUUGGUUAAUACAGUGAGAGAGGAAACACUACACCUCAUUCAUUCAUUAUCUAUUCAUAACAGUGUAACUUAGACACAUUCCCAUAAUUUGUAAAAUGUUAGUAUGUUCUCCUCUACACUUAUAUGGAUGCAUUUUAAACAUACAAAAAUAAUUACAUAAACACUGGAGAGCACCACUAUAUGUACUGUACAAGGAUUUAUGAACCCCCAAGGUUAGCACAUUCUGCAGUAAAGUUUGUUUUCACAUUGAGUUGUAUGAGGUUUACAUAGUCUCCUGCUAACAGUGGCUAUAUAGGUCGCUGAAGAAAGAAAAACAGAUCUCGAGAGGAUUGUCCUGCUUGAACAAACCAUUAAGGGAGAACAAUACAAGCACGUAAAGCUACAGUAGGAAAAAAAAAAACUGUCCCAUCUCUGCAUGUUUGCUGAAACUAUCACUAUACCCUGACAGUAGUACAUGAUACAGAUACAAAACCAAAACUGAGGUCAUUAGGAACACUAGGAGGAGUCAGAGGAACCCUUUUUUUUUAAUAGAUAAUCUCUCUCAUAUACUACUGUCAGGAUAUAGUGCCAGUUUCAGCAAAUAUGACAAAAAAUUAUGACAAAAGUUACCUACUGAAAUUCUUAGGACCUUAGUCUUGCAUAAACUUAAAAAAAAAGCUUUACUGUCUUAUCUGACUUUAAAAGUGCUACUGUAUCAAGGAACAGAUCAUGACAUCAAUUUAAGAUAUUUUGUCCUGUAUG